AGUCCCGUUGUACGACCCCGACGAGUACAUCAACAUCAUCCCACCGAAUUAAGUUUUUCUUUAUUCGCUACGUAGUAUUUAUCCUAUUCCCCCAACUGUAUUCUCACUUAUUAAAAUUCGUUGAUCUUUGAGCGACAAGGAAUGUUGCGACACAUCAUCAACCCACGAACACGACAGCACCAUCAAUCAUCAUGACAAAGGCGAAGUUGGAGCGCAGCGGCGAGAAGUCUGCCUCGGUGCAGCCGCUCCUGCGGCUUGCAGGCACUGCAGCGGUUCUUCUUGUAACCGAUACCGCAUCUUUUAUUUCGCGCGCCGGUCCUUGCAGCUUGUUGUUUGCGGAGGUGGCAGCUGCAGGAGCCGUGUCGAACACUACCGCAAAGAUCAACGCUGGCUCAUCUACCUCGGCGACAAUGUCUUCAAAGACCCCGGAAGUUGAUGCACCUUCCUCGGCGGGAACUGCCGAAACUGGCGCGGAGUGGCGCCGACAACUGACGUCGAACUCCACCUCCGGCUCCUCGGCCCCGGCGGCGAAUUCGAAUUCAAAUUCUGCAUCCUCGACUGGAGGUGGCCAAACAGCAGCUACAACAACAGCUCCGGCCGUGGGAACAAAAUCAACCGGAUCGGCGGGUGGUGGAACGACGUCCUCACCUGGCCAGACGCAGUGGCAGUCGACCAUCGUGACUACGACGACCCCCACUGUGACUACUACUCCGGCACCCCCUAUCCUGAGUAAAAAUGCCCCCACACCACCAGAGUCAAGAUGGGGAAUCCGCUAGACAAAUCAGCCACCUCUGGUUGUUUCGCAUGACAAGUUUAUCCUCGUAGUGUAAUCCUGCUUAGCUAGUUCUGAAGCAUCACAGAUGUAGCAUAUCAUGCUGAUUCUAGCAUCAUAAAUUCCAAAACAGGACUAGAGCAUGGCUGUCAUAUGGCUCCGCAUGAGAAACUUUUUCGGCAUGCAGAUUUGCAUGACAACUCUGGGGUGGGGGCAUUUUUCACUGUAAUACCCCCCACUUCGUACCCGCACCCCUGCGACGUGCAGUGCACGGACUAUGACACGCUGUCGGGCGUGCCGACCAGUGUGACCAACUACCUGCGGUACCACGGCGCGCCCGGCGAGGAAGUGGUCGUGUUUCCAGUCAAGGAGGAAAAGAGUCUGGCACUGAGCGGGUACGAGACGGAGUGGCAGUGCUUCGCAAAGACGACGCAGGCCGACACCAAGGCUAUUGCGGUCUGGAAGACGUACAAGCUCGCGUCGCAGGGGGCCACCCAGCGGAGCCGGUGUGUGCGCAAGUUGAACGGCUUUGCGGACAACAACUGGUGUCAGCCGGACGUGUAUCUUCCAGGAAAAAACACCCAUCCACAUCCAAUUUGUCAUGCAAAACAUACAUAAAAUUCUGCGUUUGUCAUCCAAAAAAUGGAUGUGGAUGGGUUUUUUUCUGUGGAUAACGUGACCGUGAUGCAGCGCGUCUACAUGGGAACCGCGGGCGCUUACGAGCCGACGGCGAUCAGCAUGACCGGUACAACCGGCGCGACCGCCGCGAACGCCCGCAUAUGCGACAUCGUCGGAGCUUUGAAUUGCCAGGCGGGGAACACGCUGCCUUCGAGCUUGUCGGGCAAGAAGGUCUGGCGCUACUACGAGAAGAGCGUUUUCGCCCUCACGAGCGGUGACUUGAGCUACAAGCGCCCCUGGCAAGCGUCGUCGGUGUCCUUUCAAAACCUGGACCUCUACGGCUUCCAUUUCCCGACCGAAGCCAUGCGAAAGGCGGUGAUCGCAGACGCGCGAGCGAAACUCGGGACGGACCAGACUGAUGCGAGUAACGCGCAGCUCUCGGCUAUGGAUGUGUCAGGAUUGAAAAAGACAAAGUUGAAAUAACUUGUAAUGCAUAAAAUGGAUGAAAGUUGUGACCCAGUUUCCAAGUGGCGCAUGAGAAACUUGGGUAAAGCCGAAAUCCAGUCUGUCAUGCUGUUUGGGUAAAGACGAUGCCUUUUCUCAUGCUACUUUAGCAGCUCAGUUUCUCUUUCUACCCCUCAACAGGCUUAUAAUCUGCCUCACUUGCCUACUCUGCAAGACAGGCACCUUGAGGGCUGCAUUUUAUGCAUGACAAACUAUUUCAACUUUGAGGAUUUCAAACCUGACACUCCCAUAUCGGCAGACGCGCAACAACAGGCACGCGCACGCCGGUCGUUGGCGAUGGCCCCCUUGUUGUGGAAAGAGCAGUAUCCUGUGCAAAAGUAUCGUAGUCGUACUAAUCGCAAUCUUGCAUGACAAAUUAACCUUUUUACCUGAAUUAGCAUUACAAAUUCCACUUUUCUUUCUGAUAAAAUUUGUAAUGCAAUUUAUACUAGUACGAUACUUUUGCAAUGCAUAAGCAGGACAUUCUGGGGCCGUGCGACAUGAAUUGGGUCCAUCAAAUGGCGUUUCCGAGCGGCACGGCGGAUUUUAGAGGUGAAAUCGAAGUGGACAGUCAAGUCAUCGAAAAUGCCAGCUUGGAAAGGCUUCGGCAGCAGUUCCCAACGAUAUGCAUUUUUGCAAAUAUGUCUGGGUCUGGAUGAAACUUGUGAUGCUAAUUCAUGCAUCUUCACAAACUGACUCUUAUUUGCAGCCAUGCAUGAGAAAUUUCAUCUGAGCAGUUAUGUCAACAUGCGUAACCCGCAUCACAAAUCGCGUUUAUUUUGCUGGACAUUACCAACAUUUGCCCACGCAGAGCCGUCCUCUUGCCGGACACAGCCAACAUCUGUCCGAAACAGCCUAGGGCCAAGACGACACCGUGAGGACGACCACAGGGGGUCCGUCUCAAUGAAAUGAAACGAAAUGAAAUGACAGAGGGUCGGCCCUAUUCCACAACAUGCAUCACAGAGUUCACGGGCAUGCGAGUUCUUUAGCAAUACAAAUCUCGCAAUCUUCCAGACCCAGACAUAUUUGCAUUUGAUACACGACGGUUGGGAUCGAUCUGCCGGCAAGCGAGUACCAGGGCAGCGGUUACCUGACGCACUACAUGAACAUCGCGUACCGCAUUCGCUACGCCCCCUUUACUUCGGCCGACGGGAAAGACCCGGGGAAGUUUCUCGAUCGUGCGUAUUUUCCCGCGGGCGCGACCGGCGCCGCGUUGGGGCAGCGCUCCUACCUGGAUUCGCUGUUCACGGUGAAACUCUCCGACCUGCAGCAGGCCACGAUCAACGGGGCCUCCUAUUCCACCCUGACCGGCCAGUACGGCUUGGUCCAGACCUACCUUCCCGGGUGGCUGGCCCACGCGGUGGCGCAGGACGGCGGCCAGUCCGUGCUUGCGGUGCGAAAAACGGACAAGCGGGUCUUUCUGUACGAAAAGGACACGCGGCAGGUCACGGACCUGAAAACUUUGAUUGGCACCGAGAGGGUGGAGGUCUACCCGGACGGCAUGAACGUCAUCGACCCGGCCGCGGGCUGGACGGCCUUCCGCGCGGGGACCAACUACAAUGUUCCGUUUUUGACCUGUGCGGCCUGGUUCACCUGUGUCUCGAAGGCCAGCGUCGCGGCCGGCGCGCCGGCCCUGAUCUACAUUUCCGUUGAUUUGGGCGCGUUGAUCCCCUCCAAGAUGGAGAGCCGCACCGAGCGCGCGAUGAAGUUCAACUUUCCCGUCAACGAUAUCCAAUCUCUCUGCCAGGACGGGAAGUUUUACUGGGACCCCCAGCUGAGCAACGGCAAGAUGGGUGGUGACGCCGCCGAGAUGGCGCCGGAAGUGGCGGCCGAGCCCCCAAAACCGCCGCCCGCGAUUUCCACAUCCGCACCGAAAGCUGCAGCAGGAGGCGCAGGUCCAGGUGCCUCGUCCACGAAUACCGGGACUAGUUCAGGAUCCUCGUCGUCGGGCGGGGGCGGGUCACCCACCGCCCAAGGGGCGUCCGGUGGAGGAGGAGGAGGAGGAGCGGGGGGCACUUCUACUAGUAAUACCAAUACGAAUACCGGAGCUCCUGGUGGUGCUACUCAAGAAGCAGGAGCCAGUACAACUCCUGGCCGCGCAACAACUCCAACUCCGUCCACUAGCACCCCAAGCCCCACCACGACACUCCCACCCGUCACGCUGGACGCCUCCUACACCGCCACCGAGUCUCUCCCCGCUUCUGCCACGGCAGAGCAGCUUCUCAGUUCGCCCGGAUACGUGAGCGCGAAGAAAAUGGGUCUGGCGCAGGGAAUCCAGGUCCCGCCAGAAAGUAUCGAAGUCACAGGCUUCGUCCUGUCGGUCGUCCCCUCCUCUUCGGCGAGCCGGAGAGCUCGUUUGCUGUCAACAUCUGGUGCGACCACUACGGACAAGCGCGUGGAGACGAAAUUUCGUGUGACUUUUGAAGCAGACCUGCAGAAACAAGUGAUCCAAGCGACGGCGACGACGCCGGCCGGUCUCGCCGCGGCGUCGGCCCCGACGGCGGCGGACGUGCAGGCGGCUUUCCAGGCGCGAAUGACCAAGCCGCAAGUAACCCAGGCGAUCCAGACGCAAACCAACACCGCCCUGCAGCUCACGGAUUUCACCGCCGACCCGGUGAUUGACACCGCACCCACCGUGCAGACGGUGGUGCCAGACGUGCAAGGCGUGUCCGUGUUGCCCACCACCACCGUGCCGCCGCCGAGCACAACUUCAACGACGACCGCAGAGGACGACGAUGAUAGCGGACUGGAGAUGCUGGCGUUCAUCCUCGCGGGAGUUGUGGCAGUCGCUUUUACCUUUUCCGCUGCCGUCUACUGCCGCCCCGCAAACAAAAUUCGCCGCCAGCUGGCAUUAUCCACGAGUAAACUACUAUUGCCGGCGCACAAUCCAGUUGUAGCUAAAUCUAAUAUCACAAGUCGCACGCUACUCCAGGACUGGACGUGAGCACGCUGGAAACCGGGCACGUUGACAGGUACAAGAAAGAUAUAAGAACGCGUCUUCUCCUCCACUAUCACGAAGGCUUCGGAAAAAAUCAUUUUUGGUCAACAUUUGUUCCUGUUCUUCAUUUCUCUUCUGUCACUAUCCGAUGCGUGUAGCGCUACGGGAGUACAACACCUUGUAUGAUCGGCUGGAAGUUUGCUUUGCAUAGGCAGGAGAGCAGGACGGCGCAACGGGAUCAAAACCCACGUCCGGGCAGGGUUUUGACAAGCCCAAUGGACGGCAGUCUCUGAUAAAGCUGAAACGGGAGGAAGGUGUGGAAUACGAAGAAAAAGCUGCUGCUCUGCAGCAAGAAAUCAUCGAUGUUCCUGCAGAGGAGCAAGAACACCUUCAAGUUCUCGACGAGGUUUCGCCAGGUGAUGUCGUCGCGGCAAUCGAAGAUGAUGCGGGCGAGAAUAUGAAAGGAAAAACUUCUGUGGUAGCGGAAGGUCAGGCUGAAUUUGUGAUACAGAUGAACAUGCUGAAGCAACUUCUUAGAAGCCCAUUGAACUUGAUUUAUGUUGUGACUGCGCUCCUUUUCAUGCCAAGGAAUUAUGCAGAGACGGGCAAUUCCAAUUUUUACCGAACAACCUUGUUUUCGCGGAUUUACCGCGCACAACAAGUAGUCGCUGGUUUGUUCUUACCUGGUCUUAUGCAUGCAACCGAAUUUUCUAUUUCUAUUUGGUCGUCGAAAAAAGGUCAAGGUCGCAUCACGACUAACGCCUACUACACAAUCUUUUUCUUCCAUAGAGAAGCGGAAAAGCAGGAAGAGCAAGAAGCGCAGGAGCAGUCGGUCGUCCCCGCUGGACGAGUCCACUGUUCUUGCUGAAGAUGCGCAAGAUGCUGCUGCUGCGGAAGAUGUUACAGGAGAAGGCGGAGGCGAGAUCACGACCGUCCUGGUGGACGACGCACCUGCGGAGGUCGCGGAUGUUGGGGAAAAACAAGACGAUUCCGCGGCACAAACGACGACGCCUUCCUUCACAUUCAAUUACUAAAAAUUUACCAUUUCGACCACGAGUCGUCAAAAGCUUCAGCUGCAAGGUGAAGCUCGUUUUAUUGGAAAUGUACUACUACUGUAUGAAUGUUUAUGAUUUUUAAGUAUGUUGCUUUAUUCCUUUCAAUUAUUUAUUCCCUCGUUCUUGUUCUAAUUUCAUCGUACUUGCACAAGAAGUAUCUCGCACGAGGCCAGGUUUUCAUAUUCAUUCGUUCUUCUCUGUCUCUCUCUUGCUCGCUCGAAAAAACUCCCAGCACAUUUUUUUUUCGCGGCCAGUAGGUCUUCUUGCACUGUAUGGGAUAGCUGCUCCUGAGCCUACUGCGCAACUACAGUAUCAAAGGACACUCGUGCGUAGACCUGCUGCAGGGGCGCAAACCAGCCGAAAGAGACAACCGGCUGAAACUACGUGUAAAGUUGAAGCGUUACAAACCACCGGCAGGCAGCGCCUAGUGGUCCCAGCGAAAAUCUUUCCUGUGGUUAGCUUACACAGUCACAGAGAGAGUAGCUUGUUAGUAGUUAGAAGCUGCUGACUGUAGAGCUUAUUCCUCCUCCUCCUCAGUAUCAAAUAAACAUAAAACACUCCAUCGUAGUACAGAAGUAGAGUGCCAGGGCAUGGCAGCUGAUGAAUGUCUUCAUAGUCUUCUUUGAGUUCUUUGUGAUUUUCAUGCAUAAUUGUAGUUAUGAUGUCUUUGAUGUUUGUACGUUCGUUGUCAUUGUUUCACCCACGGAUAGAACGUACAAAUGAACACUACAAAUUAACAUCAUGAAGGUUGUAGUAGAAAAAAAUAAAUGCGCAG